AUGGUACACCAAGUCGUUCCCAAGGAGCAUGAUGGAAUCUGGUCUCUCGAUGUCCCAGCGCCGCUCUGUGCCGUCAUGUGCGGAGCAAGUUUCUACUUGGGGUACCGGUUCAAUGCCUGGGUAGGAAGGCAGUACGAGCAGCUGAAGAAGCUCAAGACCAAGUUCUCUGAGCGAUCGAAAGUCUGGGCGUUCAGGGCAGCGGAGGCGGUUCUAGCAGGAGGGAUCAUCUUUGUGCUAGUUCGAGCAAGAGUGAAGCGAUAA